CUGCUGGGGGUGAGAAAGGAAGGCUGGGACUUGGCUGGACUGAUCCAAUCUGAUCCACUCAGCAGAGAGACGGACCCAGAGAUCUGGAGAAAGAUCUUUGAUGAAAAGACUAUGUUCAUAGAGCGGAGCCCAAGGCCUGUGGGCUGUUAGUGUCACUAUGGCAGGUUACAGGUUCCAAGCUGGGAAGGGGCUGGUGUUAUACCCUCAGAUUGGAGACCGUUUGGACCUGGUCUGCCCUAAGGGGCCGGAACAGUACGAGUAUUACCGUGUUUACCUGGUGAGCCGCGAGCAGGCGGACACAUGUAACACUGUCAUCAACCCUCACGUCCUCUUCUCCUGUGACAAACCUGACCAAAAGAUCAUCCACACCAUCAAGUUCCAGGAGGUCAGCCCUAACCACCGGGGUCUCGAAUUCAAGAGGGGACAGGAUUACUUCAUCACCUCGACGUCAGACGGCACACUGGGGGGCCUGGAGAAGAGGAAAGGAGGAGUGUGCCUGACCCGCUCCAUGAAGAUAGUCGUGAAGGUUGGACAAGAGGCGGAGCCCACCGUGACAGGCGUGACAGCCCCCUGGGACCACCCCCGCACUGAGGGCCAGCCAGGGGGCUCAGAGCCUCCAUACAGCGGCCCCCCACAGCCAGGGGAAGGGGGCACGGGCAGCCAGAUGAAGGACAAGCUGAACAAACAGGAUGAAACCUUAGGCCCUAAGGCUGCGCUCUUUGCGGCCAUCGGUGCCGGCUGUGUGGUCUUCAUCCUCAUCAUCAUCUUCCUCGUGGUGCUGCUCAUCAAGUUCCGCAAGCGGCAGCGUAAGAGCGGUGAGCAACGCUCUGCGGUGCUGUCUCUCACCACACUGGCCGGUCCCAAGGUCACUGGUGGCAACGCUGGUUCCGAGCCGAGCGACAUCAUCAUCCCCCUCAGGACUAACGAGAACAACUACUGCCCACACUACGAGAAGGUGAGCGGAGACUAUGGUCAUCCCGUGUACAUCGUACAGGAGCUACCGCCACAGAGCCCCGCCAACAUCUACUACAAGGUGUGAGCGGCCCAGCACAGACACAGACACAGAGACAGACACAGCCUGCCAGCCCAGCCAGACACCCGGCAAUCCGACCGACAGACCGACUGACUGACUCACGCUGCUCUUGCCGGAGGUGUUGGACUCGCACACCGAGCUGGGCUGAGCUGAGCCGUGCCGAGCCGGGUCGCUAGCCGGGGCACAGCCGGCUCACAGGAGGCUCUGACGGAGUCGGCACAUGACAAAUUCAGUGUAAAAUGUUGAGAAGAAAUUUGUGUUUCAGGAAAAAAAUGUAAACAGAACACCAAUUUCUCCAACUCUGUCAAGCCAAAGGCUCCGGGAUGGGUCUCGCUCAGCCCCUCCCACUGCCCCUCUCCCCAAGAGGGGAUCAGGGGACAUUAUACUCCACACACUGAUACCCCCACCCUAUACCCCCCACACACUGACACUGACCCCCACCGCCACCCACCCCUUUCACAGUGUGACAUAACCCACUCUCUCCACCAGCUUCCUGUUCCACAACUUCUGAUGCCAGACAUGGAGAGAGAGAACAAGAGAGUGUGACAGAAAGAAAUCAACAGAGAAUG